AUGAGAAGGAUACUGUGGUUUUGCACAGGUCGAGAAGUCAUAAGCACCGAAGGGGCCCCUGGCGCCGUUGGACCUUACUCACAGGCCAUCAAGCAUGGCAACACUCUCUACGUUUCAGGACAAGUGCCCCUCGUCCCAGGCACCAAGAAUCUCAUAGGAGACGACAUCGCAGAUCAAACAGAUCAGGCCCUCAAGAAUCUUGGAGCGAUCUUGGAGGCUGCUGGAUCGUCGUAUGGCCAAGUGCUCAAAACAACAGUCUUGCUGAUGGACAUGAACGAUUUUGCCACGGUUAAUGAGGUUUAUGCAGGACGGUAUUUCUCGGAGAACCCACCAGCACGAGCUUGCUUUGCAGUGAAGACGCUGCCUCUUGGCGCCAAGGUUGAGAUUGAGGCUAUUGCGGCAGUCUAG